CACACAUAUUUCUUCCUCUUUUCUUUGGACCUUUCGUAGAAUGACGAAAUCUUCGCAGUCAUCGGGUGAUGCGAGACAGGGCUCUUCUCCGCUGAGGCCUGAUUCUCCCUGGCGUGCCGCGGGCCCGGAAGACGGCGACCCACAUCCAAAGCGUCCCCGAGCGACGCCUUGGGAAACCUUUCAGACGGUGGCGCUCGCAGCGUUGCCGACCUGGACGAAAGCCUGUCUACAAACGGUCCUCGGAGCAACGGUGGUAUUGUACGUAUUGAAUCAAAAGCACCUGCUUCCCAAGCCGCUGUCUGCCGUGGUGAGCCAAACCCUCUUUUGGCCGACCCUCCCUAUUACGGUGGGGCGUCGGAUGGGCGCUUGGACAACCGUAGUCGACGAUACCGUCAUGAUUGGUGGAGCUCCCUUUGGUUUUGCUAAGAUUCCUGAACGACUCUACGAGCAGUACAAUGUGCGGGGUGUCAUCAACUUGUGUGAAGAAUACCAGGGACCAGAGAAAAGCUACCGUCGACUCGGAAUGAUUCAUUUGCGACUUCCCACUGUGGAUCAUUUCGAACCGUCGCUGUUGGAUUUGCAAAAGGCCGUCCAGUUCAUCCAAAAGUACAGGGACACCGGAUCGCGCGUAUACGUCCACUGCCGUGCUGGACACGGCCGCUCCGCGGCCGCUGUCUUGGCGUAUCUGAUCGAACAGAAUCCUGACGCAGAUCUACAAGAACUCAACGAAUACCUAUGCUCGCUGCGCGACGUACGACCAACGCUCUGGACACAGAAUAACAUUCGGCAGUUUCAACGCAUGCUCCGACGCAACCUGGACGCUCUUUUGAAAGACUCGCCGAAGGACUAA